CUUGUUAUAACUUGAUGCGCGUAUGCUUCUCCUGAGCUUCCGUGCCGCAUAGUUAAACCGUCCGGUGCAAUCAUUCCCGUGUGCAGUGUGCACCCCCCCGUCUUUUGUGGUCUCGGCACCGUUCGCGCGCCAUCUCUGAGAUCCCGCCUGCGCCCACGCUCCGCCUCACGCUCAUCCCUGCAGCCUCGUCGUAAGCUCUCGGGGACACCUAAUCCCUUUCGUGCCCGACCUCGAGAUAUCUCCACCAUCCCUCGCAGCACUCUCCGACCUACACUAUCCUUUGCACCUGCCCGCGCCGCUCGUUUGCGCUCUCCAGCACACGGUUGACGCCCCCGACCGCCCCGAGAGAUCCAUGCGAUAGUGAUCUCCUCCGCACCUGCUUGGCUAGCGCUCAGCACUCCUCAUCAUGGUGUUCACAACCGCGCCAUCGCGCUGGCGGACAGCCCUCUUGGGCGGCCUGCUGGCCUCGCUGGCGUGGCUGCCGGGAGGCGCCGCACAGGGAAAGACGCAGGCCGACUAUUUUGUUCAUUCGCUGCCAGGCGCACCGGAACCGCUGCUGAAGAUGCACGCAGGACACAUCGAAGUUGAUGCAGAACACAACGGCAACCUGUUCUUCUGGCAUUACGAGAACCGCCACAUCGCCAAUAGGCAGCGCACCGUCAUCUGGCUUAACGGAGGCCCUGGCUGCAGCAGUAUGGACGGCGCUCUGAUGGAGAUCGGCCCAUACCGCGUGCGAGAAGGCGGAAAGCUGGAGUACAACAACGGUUCAUGGGACGAGUUCGCAAACUUGCUCUUCGUGGACCAGCCAGUUGGUACCGGCUUCAGUUAUGUGAACACGGACAGCUACUUGAGCGAGCUUGACCAGAUGGCCGAACAAUUCAUGAUUUUUCUUGAGAAGUGGUUUGCGCUCUUCCCAGAGUAUGAGCACGACGACCUAUACAUCGCCGGAGAAUCAUACGCCGGCCAACACAUUCCAUACAUAGCACGCGCCAUUCUCAACCGAAACAAGACCGGUCCAAAGCACCAAUGGGCGCUAAAAGGCGUUCUCAUCGGCAACGGCUGGAUUUCGCCAGUCGACCAUUACCUCUCAUACCUACCUUUUGCAUAUCAAUCAGGCCUUUUAAAGGCUGAUACUCCUGAGGCUAAACGCGUCGAGAACCUCCAAUCUAAUUGCCUGAAAGUGUUGAACGAGGGAGCAUCCGACCAUGUGGACAAUGCCGUGUGCGAGUCCGUCAUGACCACAAUUCUCCAAGAGACCAAAAUCCAAGGUGGUGACCCGCGUCAGGAGUGCGUAAACAUGUACGAUAUUCGCCUCCGAGACGACGGAUCCUGCGGCAUGAACUGGCCCCCGGAUCUGUCUACUGUUACUCCCUGGUUGCGCCAGCCGGACGUUAUUGCUGCACUUCACAUCAACUCCGAUAAGAAGACAGGCUGGACCGAGUGCAAUGGUGCAGUCUCUUCACACUUCCGUGCCAAGAACAGCAAGCCCUCGAUCCAGUUCCUUCCCGAGCUUCUAUCCCAGAUCAACGUUGUCCUGUUUUCCGGAGACCAGGAUCUUAUCUGCAAUCAUAUCGGUACUGAGAGUCUGAUCGAUGGUAUGACUUGGAACGGCGGAAAGGGUUUUGAAAUCUCCCAGGGCGUCGUGGCACCCAAGCGCGACUGGGUGUUCGAGGGCGAGCCAGCGGGGACGUACCGGGAGGCCAGGAAUUUGACCUACGUUGUCUUCUACAACUCGAGCCAUAUGGUCCCGUUUGAUUACCCUAGGCGCACCCGCGACAUGCUCGACCGAUUCAUUGGCGUCGACAUCAGCGCCGUUGGUGGCGCUCCAUCCGAAAGCCUUCUCAACGGAGAGAAGGGACCCUUGGUGAGCGUCGGCGGUCAUCCCAACUCCACCAAGGCGGAGGAAGACAAAACAAAGCAGCUAAAGGAAGCUGAAUGGAAAGCGUACUACCGUUCUGGAGAGGUUGCCCUGAUUGUUGUGGUGAUCCUUGCCGGUGCGUUCGGCUUUUUCAUCUGGCGCGAUCGCCGCCGACGAGCUGCGAGCGGUUACAAGGGAGUGGAUGGAGAUGAGGGGCGCGAGUCACUCAUCAUGGGCAUGGGUCUCGACAACUUCCGAAGAAGGGACCGAAGUCGCGACGUUGAAGCGGCUGAUUUCGAUGAGCGGGAGCUUGACGACUUGGUUGAGGACUCGGAGAAGCCUCUCAAUGGACGUGCCAAUGGCAGGGGUGAGAAAGAGAGGAUACCACAGAAUGAUUCUACCUUUAGUCUAGGUGGAGCCAGCAGUGACGGAGAGGCCAGUGGGAGUGAGAAGGACCGCAAACUGGUGGCGAGGGAGAAGUCCUGAAAUUAAGCGGGAGCUUCAAUUUGAGUACCAUUUUAGUGGCGAUUAUGUUCAGAGCACUUUUUUUUUUUCUAGAGCGGAAAUGCAUCUCAGGG